AUGUCGUGGCCGCCCUUGCUGCAGCCGAGGCUGGACUUGCCUAUCAGCGAGGAAGAUGACAAAAGGAUCGCCUCCUCUCACGACAAUUCAACUGGCGAAGGAACUCUAAGUAAAGUCAAGGUCGAUUUCGAGCCCAGCGACUCCGCCUCGCUCGCUUCUCUAUUCAGCACCCUAGUCCCGGUUCUUGUCUAUGCCGGCGUUUGCAUCUUGAUAUUCUGGUGCUUGCGACAUCGCCUUCCUCGAGUCUACUCCCCUCGGACCAUUCUCACUAGCCUGCUUCCUCAAGAGCGUAGUAGCCCUCUGCCCAAAACCUGGUUCACAUGGGUGAAGCCAUUUUUCCAGCUGGAAGACACCAUUGUGCUUCAUCACACAACACUCGACGCGUACUUGUUUCUACGCUAUCUGAAAAUCUUAUCCCUUAUCUGCUUUGUGGGAUGUUGCAUCAUCUGGCCUGUGUUGUUACCGCUACAUGCCCAUGGCGGCGGGAACAACACGGAACUUGAUCGCCUCACCAUUGGCAAUGUUACCGAGUCCUACAUGUUCAUGGCCCAUGUCGUUGUGGCAUGCUGCUUCUUUGGCUUCAUCAUUUUUACCAUCUAUCGUGAAUGCAUCUUUUAUAUCAACCUGCGCCAUGCUUAUCUACUAUCUCCAUAUCAAUCGAAGCGUCUCUCUUCCCGGACAGUCAUGUUCCUAUCUGUUCCCGAACGAUACCUCGACGAAGCUCGACUGCGCAAGGUUUAUGGCGACGGUGUAAAGAAUGUCUGGAUCCCGAGGGACACGGAGGACUUUGAAAAGUUAGUCAAAGAGCGAGACCAGACGGCACGACGUUUAGAAAAGGCCGAGAUUCGGCUCAUUAAAAUGGCGGACGCCCGUCGCAGAAAGCAGGCCGAGAGCCCCCAAAAUGGCAACGCCCCCUUGGCUACCCCUGCGUCAGAUGCGACCCCGAACUCGAACUCGAACCCGAAUCCGACCCCGACCCCGACCCCGAUCUCGAUCGUGGCUCCAAGCCCGGCAUUGGUCUCGCGGGCAUCCGAUGACCCGUCGGUCGCCGGGCAGGACGAUGUGGAAAAGGCUAUCCCCAGACUGCCAGACGUUAACGGCUCGGUCGCCGCGCAAUGGAUUCGCGCUCGUGAGCGCCCGCACCACCGUCCUGUUGCCAACUUUUUCCGCCGAGUCGACACUAUUAAAUGGACCCGCAACCGUCUCAAGGUCCUAAACCCGGCCAUCCGGAAAAUGAAGCGUAGGCUUCUAGCUGGGGAAGGAAAACCUCUGCCUGCCGCCUUCAUCGAGUUUACCACCCAGGCUGAAGCGGAGCGCGCAUAUCAGAUCCAGGCCCACCAUAGCCCUAUGCACAUGUCGCCGCGCUUCAUUGGCGUUCGCCCCGACGAAUUGAUCUGGAGCGUGAUCCAGAUGGGAUGGGCUCAACGCAUCGUCCGGCGCUUCGUCAUCCUCGCUGCCAUCACGGCUGGCAUCAUCUUCUGGUCGUUCCCUGCCGCUUUCGUUGGCCUCUUGUCCAACAUCACCUUCCUUGCCGAGACAUUUCCGUUUCUUAGCUGGAUCGUUCUCCUUCCAAAGGCGCUCAAAGGCGUUAUCCAGGGCUUUCUUCCCGCCCUCUGUUUGUCUUUACUUAUGGCGGCUGUGCCUUGGAUGCUGCGAGGUUGCGCAAGAGCCGCCGGUAUACCCUCGUUAUCCAUGAUUGAACUCUUCGUUCAAAAUGCGUACUUCGCCUUCCAAGUCGUCCAGGUUUUCCUGAUUACUACAAUCACAUCCGCGGCAUCUGGUGCAGUGACUGCCAUUCUCAAGGACCCCAUGUCGGUGAAGGACCUUCUCUCGGAGAAUUUACCCAAGUCAUCCAACUUCUACAUCUCAUACAUUCUCAUGCAGUGCCUCGCUGCGGGCGCCAACGCUCUGGUCCAUGUGUUCGAAAUCGUUCGACACCACCUCAUGUCGAAAAGACUCGAGAGCCCGAGGAUGAAGUUCACCGUCUGGCAUCGUGUACGGCGGAUUCACUGGGGAGGAGUUUUCCCCGUUUUCACCAAUAUGGGUGUCAUUAGCAUCAGCUAUGCGUGCAUAUCUCCUCUCGUCCUCGGCUUUGCGAGCGCUGGCAUGUAUGUCAUCUAUCUCGUUUAUCGAUACAAUCUCCUCUACAUCUACAAUACGGAAAUCGACACGCGAGGGUUGGUCUACCCUCGUGCGCUCAUGCAGCUACUUGUCGGUGUCUAUCUGGCAGAGAUCUGUAUGAUUGGACUGUUCGCUCUACGAUCGGCGUUCGUGCCAAUGGUAGUCAUGAUUGCUUUCCUGGUCUUGUCCCUCAAGGGUCCUGCGGACGCUAUCGGCCUCACGGCUGCGCUUGGCUAUGUUAAUUACUGGAUCAGGCCUGACAGGACAGUCAAACCCAACUUCGUCCUUCGUUGGUUACAUCCAGGCAUCUUUGAUGACUUUGUCACGCUUCAAAAGAUGCUCCCGCCCAACAUGCCGGAUCCCACCGAGUUCUACCCAGAAGACUAUACCCACCACGCUUAUUGGCCUCCAGUGAUGACGACGCCUAUGGAGACGCUCUGGAUUCCGCGAGACAAGGGCGGGGUGAGCCGACAAGAAGUCAAGCAUAGUAGCGAGGUGAUUGAUAUCACCGAUGAGGGGGCAUGGCUUGAUAAAAAUGGGCGGGUAGAGCGUCGCGGUGAUCACCGCCGAGGCGCCCCCGCCACCAAGGUGAAAAAGGACAAGAAGGAUAAGAAGGAUAAGAAGGCGAAGAAGGCUAAGAAGGAGAAAGAGGCUAAAUUUAUAGACGAUGCCGAGGUUCUAGAUCCUGUUGAGGAUGUGGUUCCCGAGGUAGAGGGUGAAAAGAAGAAGAAGGACAAGAAGGAGAAGAAAGACAAGAAGGACAAGAAGGAGAAGAAGGACAAGAAGGACAAGAAGGAAAAGAAGAGGAAAGAGGAAACCGAGGAAGAGAAUGCGGAGGACCGCAUGGAGAUCGAUGAUACCCCUGCCGAGGAAGCGACUUCCCAAGACUCCGACAAGAAGGCCUCGAAAAAGAAGAAGCGCAAGCAUGACGAGGUCGCCGAGGACAACGCCGAUCGUGCCAACGGCCCUGACGUUGCCGAUACCGAGACCAAGCCCAAGAAGAAGUCAAAGAAGGAGGGCAAGGGGCAGAAUGGAGCAGAGGCCAACGGGUCAGCCGCCCCCACCAGCACUCCCGCCAAGGCUUCCAAGGCUUCCCAGGGCUCCUACGUCGAAUCCACAACACUUGCCGCCACUUCCCAGUCCGACGUCGAUUCGUUUCUCAAAUCCAAGUUCAUCACCAUAACCGACCCCACCGGAAAGCUCAGCCAUCUCCGUCCCAUCAUGGAGUUCUCCCACCUCCCCUCCACCCGUCUUCUCCAGAAGAGCCCGUUCAAGGCUUUCAGCGCCCCGACGCCGAUUCAGGCCGCGUCGUGGCCCUUCACCCUCUCCGACAGGGACGUCAUCGGCGUUGCGGAGACUGGAUCGGGCAAGACCAUGGCCUUUGCCCUGCCCUGCGUGGAGGGUCUCUCCAAGAACUCCAAGAGGGGUGGCAUCAGAGCCGUCAUCGUCUCUCCCACCCGCGAGCUCGCCAUGCAGACCCACGAGCAGGUAUCGCAGCUUGCCGGGCUCGUCGGUCUAUCCUGCGUGUGUGUUUACGGUGGCGCCGCCAAAUACGAGCAGCGCAGCCUCCUCAGCCGCGGCGCGGACAUCGUCGUCGCCACCCCCGGCCGUCUAAAGGAUUUCAUGUCCGAGGGCGUCUGCGACCUCAGCGGUGUUCAGUUUAGGACAUUAAGCAAAUCUUGGCCGCCACGCCCCCGCGAGAAGAGGCAGACGCUCAUGUUCACCGCCACUUGGCCCCUAUCCGUUCAGGCGCUCGCCGCGUCCAUGAUGGUGAACCCCGUCCGCAUCAACAUCAGCAACGGCGACGAGGACCGCGCCGACGGCGAGCUCCAGGCCAACAAGCGCAUCACGCAACGUGUCGAGGUCGUGGACCCCCGCGCCAAGGAGGCCCGGCUGCUCCAGAUUCUCAGGGAGUACCAGCAAGGCAGCAAGAAGAACGACCGCAUCCUCGUCUUUGCCCUUUACAAGAAGGAGGCGACCAGGGUCGAGGAGACGCUGGCGCGUAGGGGUAUCAGUGUGGCCGGCAUCCACGGCGAUCUAAGGCAGGAACAGCGGACCAAGGCCUUGGAAGCCUUCAAGGCUGGAACAACCUCGGUCCUUGUCGCGACCGAUGUUGCCGCGCGAGGCCUCGACAUUCCCGAGGUGAAGCUCGUGGUCAACUUGACGUUCCCAUUGACUAUUGAAGACUACGUCCACCGAAUUGGCCGAACGGGCCGUGCCGGAAAGACUGGCGAGGCCAUCACCUUGUUUACGCUUCAUGACAAGUCGCAUUCCGGAGAGUUGAUCAACAUUCUCCGACAGGCCGGCCAGCCCGUACCUGAAGAUCUCCUCAAGUUCGGUACUACGGUGAAGAAGAAGCUUCACCCGUCUAUGGCGCGUUCUACCGCGAGGUAG